CCCCAGCCGGGCGCAGCUGCCGGAGCGCAGAGCCGGAGCGGGGUGAGGAUUUGGGGCUCUCGGGUCCCCCCCACACCCCCGCGCCGAGCUGGGGUCUGCUCCCCGAGGGCAGAGGCGCUUUGGCAGCGGGAGGGUUGGAAUUGUGAUUUUUCCUGUGCGGGUUUGGGAUUUGGGAAAAGAUGCUGAGAGGGCUCGGGGGAGCGCGGUGCUCACGGGACGGGCACAAGCAGGAUGGUUCCCAUCGUCCUGGAGGUGACCUGCAGCUUUGUCACCUGGCUGUGUCUCUACAGCUGCUUCUGCCGCUGGAACAGGCAGCGUUCCUACAAGUGGAGCUGUCGCCUGGUCACCCUCCUGCACGGGCUCCUUGUCACCUUCCUCUCGGGCUAUGUCAUGUUCCUGGAUGGCCCCUGGCCCCUGAGCCACGCAGGUUCUCCAAACACCCCUCUCCAGAUCCACGUGCUUUCCCUGACCUUGGGCUACUUCAUCUUUGACCUGGGCUGGUGCCUGUACUUCCAGACAGAGGGGGACCUGAUGCUGCUGCACCACACCCUGAGCAUCUGCGGCAUGGUGCUGGUGCUGGGGCUGGGCAGGUCGGCCACGGAGGUGAACGCUGUGGUGUUUGUCAGCGAGAUCACCAACCCCCUGCUGCAGACCCGCUGGUUCCUGAGGGAAAUGGGCUCCUACCACACUUCCCUGGGGAAAGUGGUGGAUUUCCUCUUCGUGCUGCUCUUCCUGGCGCUGCGGAUCGGGGCGGGAGCGUGGAUCGUCUACGGGAUGGUGACGUCCCCUGAACCCAACUGGCUCCUCAAGGCUGGGGGCUUGGCCAUGUACAUGGUGUCCUUGGGGUUCAUGGUUGAAAUCUGUCGCUUUGUAAGGAGGAAAAUGUGGAAAAAACCUCCUUCCCUGGAUUCACAAUCUUUCCAGGAGUAGGAGUGCACCUUGGCUGCUCGUUAAUGGGAUCUAGAGGACAACCCCCUGGGUUUGGGGUUUGGUGGAGCUUGUUCCUGUGAAAAGAACUCUUGGAAUGACAUAGGAUUGACUUUCUGCUGCCCCUGGAGGAGAUGGAUCAGCACUGGAACAUGGAGAAGCUGAGAAAGGAGGGAUUUGAAUGGACACCUGAGGAGCCUGACGCUGAUUCCCUGAAUUCCACAGUCCCAAGGAGGAUGGCAAUGCCAGGGAUGAUCAGUCUGCACCCAGUAAUUGCACAGUCUGCAUGUUCUGUCCUCAUUUCCAAUGCUGAGUUCUUUGACAGUGUAGAGAAAAUCAAGUAUGAAAAAUCCCAUUUUCCUGCCAGUGGGACUGGGUAAAGGGCGUGACCUGGCAAAGAUUUCCUGAGCCUCACCCUCCUUAAUAAUGCUGGAUUUGGACAAUGUGCUUGGCUAAAUGCUGCAGUGAAAGACUCUGAACAAGACUGAAGUGCUGGCAGGGCUGUAGUGGAGUUGUCCUCUGAGAGUGUGAAGUGAUGGCAUCAAGGUGAGGCAAUGUUUUACCUCCUUGUUUUUAAUGACACAUUUCCUUUACUCUUUUAUUUUAAUGCUUCCAUUCAGGCAGGUGCUGAUCUCAGAGCAGAGUGAUUUCUCUGGGACUGACUCAGGGCCUCACAAACAGGAGUCAGGAAUGAGACUUGUGCCAAUAAACUCCAUGAGCAGGUGUUGGCUUAGACUGGGAUUGCUCAAAAGACUAUAAACAGUUUUUUUUGUGGGAGAGGGAGGAUAGUGAAGAGCCUGCCUGGAUGUUCUUUCUGUUCUGGGGUUGCCUCAUUUGCAAGCCACUUAAGCUGAAUUAAUGGCCAAGAAUUCAAAUAUGUGGCUAUUUCCAGGGGUGACAGUGAUGUUUGGGCAGAUCUGGGUGUGACACCUGCUCCACACCAGCAUGGAACAGUUCUCUCAUUUUCUUUACCUCUCAGAAUCGUAUUCUGACACUUUCCCUGGGGUUUUAAUGUGAAUUUCCCUCUGUUCAAGGCCUCUGUUCAGAUUUAGUCUCCUCUAAAAGCCUCACUGGGAGCUGAGAAGCAAAUGCAGAAGUGAGGGAGGGGAGCAGCGGGGAUGCAGCUCCUCCACUGCCUUUAUCUCACUGAAUUUGGCUCUGUUCAGGGCAGAUAUCAGCUCCUCAAGGUGUCUGGAGAGAUUAAAAAAAACCUGAAAUAACCUCACUUUGGGCACACCCACUGAAAGCAUUGAGCUGUGAACCCAGGCAAGUUCCUGGGCCAAUAUUUUUAGGACAGCAGGAGCCAGAGUGGCCUCCUGAGGUGUGGGCUCCCUGUGUUCUUCCAAAAACUCCUCUGAGUGAUGGCACUUCUAAUAAAGUCAUGUUCUCUUUUG